AUGGCUGUUGAAGCUGUUGUAUCAGUGGUGAUACGCAAACUCACGAACUUAGUAGCCGAGGAAUCAGAACUGUUUGGAAAGGUUAAAGAUGUAGUUGAUAAGGUUAUGGUGGAGCUUAAGGAGGUGCAGAACAUUUCAAAUCGUGCAGAACAUCAAGAACAAGGUAACAAGUUGAUUAAAGAUCGGGUGGUUCAGUUUUUGGGUAAAGUCUACCAUGUGGAGGAUGCUAUAGAAUCCUUCGCCAUUGCACAAACACACUUGAAAAGGAUGAGUUUUCUUAAGAAGCAUAUUUUUGUCAUGGCAAACGAGUUUAAGCUUUGUAGAGAAGUUCCAGAUAAAAUGGACUGUUCUGAAGAAAUUCGCAGACUCAGAUCCAAAUUGGAAGGAUUCAUUGGAGAUGUUCAAGAAUGGAAAAAUGGAAUACCUUCAAUGGCUCCAGUGCGGCACCAUAGUUCUAGCACAACACGCCGGCUUGAGAAGUCAUGGAAAGAGAGUGAUGCUUAUUAUGUACCAAAGAAAGAAGAAACCAUCUUCAAAAAAGAUGUCGAGAAGUUGGUGAGACAAUUGUCAAGUAAUAGACCACUUCCACUUCAAAUUAUAUGUGUCUAUGGCGAGGCUGGCACAGGGAAAGCGGCUCAUGUCAAGGCGAUCUACAAUAAGUUGGAGGUCCAGAAGAAGUUUGAAUGUCAUGCACUUGUAUUUGUGCAUACAAAGUGGUCAGUUAGAAAUCUUUUGAUGGCUAUACUACAACAGGUCACUAAUUUACAGGGCAAAGAGAAACUUAAAGAUGAGGACCUGAUAGGGAGGCUUCAUGGGUUCUUGAAGGGUCGAAAGUACUUAAUCGUCAUUGCUGAUAUCAAAAGUGAUCUUUUUAAAAAACUAAGAGGUGCCUUACCGGAUACAUACAAUGGAAGUAGAGUGGUGAUCACCACCCCCGAUGAAGAAGCCUCUUUAUUCGCAGAUGCAUCAAAUCGUUAUCACUUCAAGCCUCUGGAUGUAGAUGAUGGCUGGAAAAUUUUUGUUAAGAAGGUUAGGGGUUUAAAAGGAAGUCCAUUCUCAGAUGAUAUCAUGGAGAAUUUGAAAAACAAAAUAGCAGAAAGCUGUAAAGGAACACCUCUGAGGAUUUCAAUGCUUGCAGGUUUGCUAUCAACAAGGAAAGUGGUGUAUGAAGAGUGGUCGAGUGUUUUUGAACAGCAUGACUUUGUCACCAAAUCUCCAUCAUUUGAUGUUAUAACCUUUUGUUACAAUGAUCUGUCACUCUACUUGAGGCCGUGUUUUCUUUAUUUGGGGCUCUUUCGGAAGGGAUUUGAAAUACCAGUGAGAAGGUUGUUUCGUUUGUGGCUUGCAGAGGGCUUUGUGGAGUCGCAGGAAGGGAUUAUUCUGGAGGACCAAGUGGAGGGAUAUCUGGAAGAGCUUGUGAACAGGAACAUGGUAGAAAUUUCAAAAAGGAGAUCCGAUGAGAGUCCCAAAAAAUGCAGAAUGAUUGGCGCCUUGCAUGAUAUUUUCUUGCCGAAGGCUGUAGAAAUAGGUCUCUUCCAUCUCCACCAGAGGUCUGAUGAUAAUUCAAAUGUAGCAGAACCUCGAUUUGGAGUUCGUCGGGUGGUUGAAUACACCAAUAUAAAGUCCUCUCGAAUCUCUGUAGCAGGAAACCAGAAUCUGCAGUCCUACAUAUCCUUCAACGGCCGGAAGAAAGAUAUGCCUGCAGAGGAAGUAGGAACAUUCUUAGAUAAAAUCAUUGGAUCCAGAGGGUUCGGAUUACUAAGGGUUCUUGAUUUGGAGGGUGUUUAUCGUCCAAGGCUACCAGAGAGCCUGGGAAAUCUUCUUCACUUAAGGUAUUUAGGCUUGAGAUGGACUUUCUUGGACGCUCUCCCAUCAUCUCUUGGUGGCCUGCUUUACCUUGAAACACUGGACAUUAAACAUACACAUAUCACCACUCUCCCAAGUUCUAUUUGGAACAUGAAACAUCUUCGUCAUCUUUGUCUGAAUGGGGCUCGUCUAGGUAUACCUGCACAAGCAACCAAAUAUAGAGCUUUAAACCAGCUCCAGACCCUAUGGGGUUUGUUUGUAGAUGAGAAGAUUGCAAAAAAGAUUGGUUUGACUUUGAGCAGAAUGACCAACCUUCGAAAACUUGAUCUUACAAGACAGUCUUCCUCGACAGUAAUAACAACCACUGUCACGACAGCAACAACUACCACCACUACAACAACAAGCCAUUCAUCCUCCUACGAAGAAAUCGGUUCGUGGAUCUCAAAGCUGACAGGCCUUCAAUCCCUAAGAUUAAGGUCGAAAGACAAAAUGGGUCGGCCUUCAGAACUCAUUAUUAAACCUUUUUCAAGUCUCACAAAUCUCUCUCAGCUGUACUUACUUGGUCAUUUACACAAGUCACUUGCUUGGUACCAAUUCUCACCUGGACUCAAAGUCCUAACUUUAUCAGUCUCAAAGCUAGACGAAGAUCCCAUGCAAACACUAUCUCAGCUACCGAGCUUGAUGGUCCUCAGGCUAUUGGCUGCAUCCUUUGUGGGCACAGAAAUGCAUUGUCCUGAAAAUGGAUUCCCGGCCCUUCAGGUCCUCAAGCUAUGGAAACUGGAAAAGCUAAAGAUAUUGACAGUUCAUGAAGGAUCAAUGCAGAAUCUCCAUACUUUAGAAAUCAGGUGCUGUAUAGAGCUUAGCGAACUUCCUGAAACGUUGCUGCAGAUACAGAGUUUUGACAACUUGAUCUUGACAAACAUGCCAAAGUCAUUUGUUUCUGCUAUUAGAAAGAAAAAGAAGAAGCACACUAAGAUUGUGGAAAGCGAAUUGGACCUUUGAAAAAUGAAGCAUCCAGUUAACCUAGUCUUCUAUUUUUGGUGGGGUGUGGUAUCUAUAAACGAUAAUGACAUGAGUACGGAGUACCUAUAAAGAUAAACUGAAAUAACGAACAACUUCUACUGAGUCUGGCGGAUGAACUACAAUUAUCAAAGAUAUUAGUACGCAAAUGUUUGUAUUCAUGAUCUCUACUAUCUCUCUCAUAUUAUAAGCAUACAAAAGACUUGUUCUAUUUGUGUUUGA